AUGUCAUGGAAGUGGUGGACCUGGACAGCGCCACGGUGGAACGCGUGGCCCUCAGCAAGAACGUGUGGGCAUCCUGAAGAGGGCUGGAUCAUUUGUUGCUGUCUUUUGGGACGUUCCUUCAGUUCGAGACGAGCGCACGCGGAACCAGGGACCGAGCUGGCGGCAACCAGAGGCUGCGGUGUUUUAAACGACACGUACUUGACAGCUUUGGGACAUGAGCGGCCAGCAAAGCACUUGCGAGACUUCUUGGCCAAACACAAAUUCCUCCAUGCGGAUCGCCCACGGCCCUCGUACGUGAAAGGGCCAGAGAUGUAUCCCAUUCAUGUGGCGGCAGCACUUGGCAAUGCGCAUAUCUUGAGAAUGCUCUUGGACGCAGACUUGUGGUCCUUGCCGGAGAGUCGCCUUCGCUUCUGCGAGUCCUGCAAUGUCUCGGGGUUCCUGGAGGUCUACAUCCAAACGUUGGCCUUCCAGAAGUUUCUGGAAACGGGUCAACUUCUACCGGAGGUGCCAAAGAGGUGGCGCAUUGAGAUCCCGGAGUUUGAUAAUGAGUGCUACUUGAUGGGUUUGAUCGGUGCUUUGCGGGAAAUGGAGAGGUACGCGGUGAAUCGUGGCCAGGACUUGGACUUGCGAUCCGUGCAGAUCUGCCUGCAGCUGGGGCAGAGCCUUGAAGAGGUCUUAAUGCAGUUCAACUUUCGGAAUAGCUCUUUGAGGCAGCGCUUUGACGGAGUGAAGUACUCGGUGAAGAGGCUUGAAUCCCUCUCCUAUGAGAUUGAUUUGGCAAGGCAGCGUGCUGGCAGUCCACCGCGGCAGGGCGGUCUGGAGACGGAGGGCGGUCUGGAGACCACGGCGCUGUCACUCCAGACGUUGGAGGAAAGCAAGAUCAUAUACGAUCAGUUUGACGAGAACCGGGAGCAGGUGAUGAAACAGUCCCGCGAUGUGGUGAAAUCAGCGAAGAACGCGAUCUAUGCCCUGCAACGCCUGAGACUCAGGGCAGACUCCCAGAUCGAGCUUUGUGCUGAACAGGCAAACGCCAUCUAUGCGGCCUUCGCUUGCAACUCACCCACCUUGCGCCUGGGCUUCUUCAGUGGGGCGCUGGAAGAGAUGGCUGAGGCCAUCGAUUUCUUUGGGCAAAGAUGGAAAACUCUUGGAUUUUGCUGGAAUGCAAGCUUGUAG